GAGCCAGUCACUACAAAUGCUAUUAAUAGGAAAAUGGCAAGAUCAGAAGAUCAGCACUUUCUGUGAACACUGUAUAUGGUAAACCGCUGCACCGCCCAAACCUAGCCAGUACCCUCCAUCUCAAACCGACAGACUAAUAUUACUAUCACUGUGAAUCUGAAAGAGGGCACUGCAUCAACCUCACUGCAUUGCUGUCAUGGCUGACAUCCAGGAGGACAGAGACAAGUUGAAGAAGGGGCUGGUGACGGUGCUAAGGUGUGUGUCCUCUAUCUCUUCGGCCGCUGCCGUGGUCAACCCCAUCUUCGGGGUGGCGGGCUCCCUCAUCCGGGUCGUGCUGAACCACGUGGACGACGAAGACAUCAACAAGCUGAAGCAGGAGUUCAGAAGCGUCAACAGGGCUUUGGACAAUAUCUCCCAGCAGAACCGCAGUGCCCUGCUGCAGAUCAGAAAAACCACGUUGGACAACCAAUAUGGCCAAGUGGAGGAGAACCUGAAGGAGCAGUUCCGUGUGUUCAUGGAGCUCGUGGAAGCUCGGCCCGGGAUCAAGGAGCGCAAGAAGGAUGACUUCGAAGAGUGCUACGCCAACAACCUGGGCGACCAGAACCUGCACACGCUGUAUGACGGCGUGAUGGGGAAGCGUAAGCUCUUCAGCAAGCCCAUCCUAGACGUGUACCUGGAUCACUCCCAGCGGGAUCGCCAGGUGAUGGAGCGCCUCUGUACCCGUCUCACCUAUCUCUUCUGCAUCGGCCUCAUCGCCUUCAUGGGCUAUACUGCCAUCAUUGGUGAUGACGAGGAAACCCUGAGUGAGGAAUGGGGUAGCAGGAUGAUGGAGGUUCAGAUGAAGAUGCAGGAGGUCCUAAUGAGGUGCAACUGAUUCCCCUCUCUCAACCCCCCCCAACCCCUGAUGCAAAUAUAUGUGACACACAUGUUCCUCUGGCAGUUUCCGGUCCUCACCCACUAUCCUUCACAGAGAUUAUAAAACAUGAAUCACAUGAAACAGAGCAGCUGCUGUACAUUCUCAGCAAAUAUAUAUGUAAAGAAAUGGUCUCACAAUUCCAUUGUGCCCCCCCCUACUGCAUUUCCUAUUAAUUUUCCAUGGAAAAUCUUUGAAUGGACUGAUAUUACUUUAAAUAAUAAAAGAAUUACAAGUAUUUCAAACAGCCAACUAUAGUACAGGUGGAGUAUGUUAAGUAAAUUCUUCAAAAACAAGUAUAGUCAAAAUAUAUUAUUGUUACCAAAAACAAAAAGAAACAUCAAGCCAUCAAGACAUAAAAAUUGCGUAAAUAUGUAGCAUGGAACUGCUUCUUUACAUAAAGACAUAACUGCUGUCACCGUUUUUAAGGAGAUUUAAAAUGAGUUAGAACGAUGGCACCUCCUGCUUCUCCUGUCUCACCGUAACAGAAAUACUCAGCUCUAAUCUUCCAAUUUUAGAGAGUCACCCUCUCCAUGCAUCAUGCAUAACCAACAUCAUGCAUGCAUAAAAGUAACAGAAAGGCGGUCUUUAUAUUCUUGUUCUGUUACAUUCUGCUUUAUCUCAUUUAGCUAAACCCUUCUUCCUUAUUAUUCCUUAUUAUCGUUAAGGAAAACAAUCAAUAAGUAAACAUUUUCACAAACUGAAAUAAGUAAUAGAUACAAAAAUAAGAAAACUACAAUUAAAUGGACACUGUAAAUAUUGCUCCUUAAACUAACUGAAAUAAAAUUAAAACAAGCAUGAAACACUUUCCAUUUCAGUUUUCACACUAUUUUGCUAUAGAAAUGAUUUGUUUAUCUUUAAGUACCAUUGAUAAUGCUUCUGGAACAUUAGUACAUAAUGUGUACUGUGUUCAUGAAAGAUUCGAUAAAGAUCAGACACACAAAAUUCCCCUUCAACUUUCCCUAGAAAUAAAAUUACUAAAACUGAAAUACCUACAAACUAAAUAGAAAUAUAUCUUUCAAAUAAUAACUAAUAAAAUCACAUUGAAAUCUAACUAAAGCAAAGCUGGAUUUCAACUAAAAAUUGAAAAUAGUAUGAAAAUAAAAAUUUAAUAAAAAAAUAAAACUAUAGUAGCAUUGGUGGAGGGGCGUUGGUGGUGAAGCCGGACUUGGGUGUCACCCGCAUUUGAGUGUCACCCGCACUUAUGUGUCACCCGGACUCGGACAGCCACUGGCCGGGUAUCGCUGAACUUGUAAGGAAGCAAAAACACCACAGGCUGCUGUUGCCUUCAAUAAUGUGCUAUUGAGAGGCUGUCUGACUAAAACACUACGAUGGAUGAAUCAGUGGGCUUUGCUAAGGCUGCUUUCUAUGCUAGAAUCUGGAUUUUCAAACACUAAGAGCUGCAGCACGUCAUACUGACAAAAGCCUGCGACGUACAGCUGUACUUAUGCUUAAUGGCCAAAGAUGCUCUGUGUACAAAAAAAUACACAAAAUGAGCUGGCAAACAAACCAUGACACUUAACAGUAAAAACAUACCUGUUAGAGUCAUUAAUGUGAUUGUAAUUUCUAAUCUUUAUGAAACACAAUGAUUUUGAAAGGAUGUUUCCUGUGGAAUACGAUAGAGAUAUUUUUUUAAUUCAUUUGAAAUGUUUGAUCUGUUAUCUGAAAUCUAUUCAUUUUUAAAAUCUUGCUACGAUUUUUGUAUAAAAAUGAUUUUGAAAAGCACUGGCAUCUCAAAGCAAGCUAAUCUGCAUAGCAUUUAAACUUUUACACCUCAAGAUUAAGAUUACAAUUAAGUUGAGCCAGACUUUUAAACUGGGCCUUUUGACCUCUCUGUAUGUUAUGCAUUGUCAUUGUCAUUGGAAUCUUGGCUUAGCAUACAUGCUAUUGUUAUCCAGUGAUCUUGUGUGUUUGAAUGUAAUUCAAAGCAGUUCUUGAAACAUAUAUAAUUACAACAUAUAAUCCUUAUUAUUUCUCUUUCUGUGACAUGAUUACAAAACUAUAGGUGAUUAAAAGACAGUACAUGAUCUAUUCGAUGUUUAAAGGACAGUUUAUACUAUAUACAUACUUUCUGCACUUUGAUAAACACUACUCUGGACAAAUACAGUCCAAAUGGUUCCUCCAGAGCAUUUAGCGAAUAAAAAUGGUAUUUAUUGCUCUGCACUUUGUUGCCAUAUAUCCUCCUGUGAUGCUAUCAAUAAAGAUUUAUGGCAGAAAAAAAUAA